AAUAACUCGCGUCCUCUGAGCUGUGAACCUGUGAUCCGACCCGACAGACUUGUCCACCAAGCGAAUUCUACGCCGUCACUGCGUCCCCCAAUUCCUCGGAACCGACCGACCAGCCGCGUUCCUUCCAGGAAUGGCUUUGGCGCGCCUCCAAACACGCAGCUAUGAUCCGUGUGGCACGCAGGUUUGGAUCGUGUGGCACACAGCCUCCUGCCCUGCCCCCAGCAUACAGCUUAGGCAGCCCCGCCAAUCGCGGAGCGAACAGGCGCCGAACUUCGAAGUAUUUAAUGUGGCUGCUCCCAACAAGCUGCAUCAUUGAAUUCCACUUCCGAGUAACUUACUCCGCAUAGUGCCUUCUUCUGCUCUCUGACUCUUUGCUUACAACUUGAACUCAGCGCGUCGAUCAGCCAGCCACCGUUUCGGAAUCCGCCCACAUCUUUUAUCCGAAGUUCGGGUCGCAGCGCCGCGUGGACGUUUAGUCUCUCUCCUCGCGACCGCGUGGACGUUUAGUCUCUCUCCUCGCGACCAGACGAUGACAAGCGCAGCAGGAAUAGUCGUCGUGCUCCCGAUCGUCCUGCUCCUUCUCUUGUCAUCAUCACAACCCACAGCCAUCUGCGCAUCCGCCGAAUCCACGACCGAUUUAUCGGAAGCGUUCGCUUCUGGCAUGGCCUCGCCCUUAGAAAAGGAGCUUUCGUCGGCGGGACUGACGGGCUUCGCGAGCCUGCUCAGGCACGCCGGGCUGAUGCCGGAGCUCGAGCUGCGCGCGCGGACCGGCUCCACCAUGACCGUGUUCGCGCCGACCAACGACGCGCUCAUGCGCGCGGACCCCGCGCUCCUCGCGUUCCUCAAGCUUCCGCGCAACGGCGCGCUGCUCCGCGACGUGCUGCUGUUCCACGUGGUCGCGCGGCCGGUCUCCGCGUUCGCCUGGGAGGGCGCGCAAGCGACGCUGCAGGGCGCGCCGAUCGCGCUCCACGUGGACUCGCUCGCGUUCCAGGUGGGCGGAACCACCGUGAAGCAGUACCGCGCGCUCACGCUCUCUCUGGAUCUCCUCGGCGAAGGGCCCCUGUCGGGGGAAGGCGCGGACGCGGAAUUUGCGCAAAGAAGCGGCUUGGAGGUCGGCGGGAGCGGCACGGCGGGCACGGUCGUGGUUCACACCAUCAACGCGCUGCUCGUGCCGCCUUUCCUCGACGAAGCGCUCUCGCUCGCCGCCGGUGAUCUCUCUAUUGUCGCCGCGACGGACAGCAGCGGGCGGUUACUCGCGGAAUUGGAGUCCGCUACCCCCGCGCCCGCGUCAGCUCCGAGCUCGUCGCCCGACCCGCCGCCGGUCCAGCCUUCCCCCCCUCCGCCAGUUGCUCCCUCCCCUCCGCCCCCAAAGAGCGGUGCGCCGGGUGUCUCUGCGCUGAGCUUACGACAGCUGGUUCCUUCUGUGGCGGUCGCUAUCUCCGCCAUCGUUGUGUUGUUGUGAGGGGCAUCGAAGUGAAAUCUAGGGAUGCUGCGGUGAAAUUUAGAAGGCAUAACUUAUACCGUGCAUAAGUAAAGUGCACAAUCUAGUUGUUUAUUAGAUUUAUUGUUCAGCACUUUUAUACCCAGUACGAAGGGUUGUUCUGUCUUUGUACGAGAUAACACAUUUCCAUCCACAACAAAGUGAAAACUUUUGUAGCAGUACGGGCUUGUAGCGGAGAAAGGAUUCUUUAGGGCAUCCGAAGUACGGCGUAAGGUUAUAGGCAUCGCGGAACCGAGAGAUAACUCUAUCCAACCGUCUUGGGACGUCACAAAUUCUUUGCUUCGGACACCCCCUAAGGCAUAGUCAGUCCAGUUGCUGUUCAAGCUGAGUUAGUCCCGCCGAAAGUGACGCUGCGUCAGUCAUCUGUUAGCCGCUUUACCCCCACACGCAGUCGUCAAAAUUUACCGGUACUUUAGUGUUAGGUACUGCUUUUUUGCGCACAGUCCUACUCUCGUCUGGUGCUCGGUUUUCCUACAGGCCGGAUUUUUAACUCCUUUCGCGACGUACUACUGUAGGUGUCCAGAGGGACUGCACGCUUCGUUCGUCCACCGUUUAGCUGAGAAGACGCAGCACUGAUAACAAGGUGGUACUACAGCGCGAACUUCUUCUAGCGAGCGGGAAACCGUUCAACCUGAUUUCCUUCUCCGUGGUUGCGUGCUCCACGAAAGCUUUUUCCAGGGAAGCGUAUUCCGGGGAAGCUUAUUCCAGGGGAAGCAGCAUGGUGUGCGACAAAUGCCAGAAGAAGCUAUCUAAGGUGAUAGUGCCGGACAAGUGGAAGGAAGGUGCAUCCAACACCACAGAGAGCGGAGGGAGGAAGAUCAACGAGAACAAGCUGCUGUCCAAGAAGAAAAGGUACACCCCUUAUUCGUCGUCUGCAUCGUUCAAAUGCAUCAUAUGCAAGCAGCAGCUACACCAGGAGGGAAAAUACUGCCACCUGUGUUCUUAUAAAAAAGGUGUGUGUGCCAUGUGUGGAAAGCAGGUCCUAGAUACCUCCAUGUACAAACAGUCUGCUGUUUGACUGAACAGCCUGUGUGUCACCCAUGCCCAAAACAGCUGUAAAAUUGUAAAUACCGAUAGAUAGAUAAUUUACAUGUUAUGUUGCUCAAACAAAAGAAUGGAGCGUAUAUUG